AUGAUUGACCAUGAUUUGAUGGAUAUGUUCAUUGAUAGUUUCCAUGCAUUUUCAUUAGUUGAAGAAAGAGCGUUUAAAAAGUUGAUGCGGUGGAUACCAGGAUAUGUUCUUCCAUCUAGAAAGACUGUUUCAGGAUCCAUGCUCGAGGAGCAAACACAACAAGAUGUUUGGACUACUAGGGUUACUGAGGCAUAUGUGGCAGUUACAGACCAUUACAUUACAGACAAUUAUACGAGACUUGAAACUCGUAACUUGAAAACUGUUCUUCUCGGAUGCUGUCAACUUGAAGGAGCGCAUACAUCAGAAAAUCUAGCAAUAGAAAUUCAAACAAUCCUUGACAAUAGGAAAUUUCUUCAGAAGAGUGAGAUCGAUAUAAUAAAGAAAAUUGUUAGCCACUUCCGGAGGAGUGUCACUGCAUGUGAAAAAAUGCAGCAAUAUGGACACACAAAAAUUGAUUUAAGAUGUCGAAACAAGUGGAACUCCACCUUUUACAUGGUGGAACGAUUUGUCGAGGUUGAAGAGUCAAUAAGGAUGACAAUGAGUGUUUUAGAUGCAAAUGUACCAUCAUUGACUUCUGAAAUGUGGAAAAUGUUGACACCCCACUGCUUAAUUUUAAAACCAUUUGAAGAUAUUACCACCACUGAAAGUGGUGAAAAUUACCUGACAGGAAGCCUGGAAUUAAUGACAGAUUUCCAAAUGUCGAGAGGAGCAAGACAUUUGGAAUCUGUACAUUAUUAG